AUGGCGUUAUCAGCUUCCGAUUUACCGGCGAUGUACUCAUUGCUAGCAAAUUCUAUGAGCGGUGACGAGACCGUUCGGCGACCGGCGGAGGCGGCUCUGUCUCAGUCGGAGAGUAGACCUGGUUUCUGUUCUUGCCUCAUGGAAGUAAUUGCAUCGAAGGAUUUGGUGUCUCAUGUGGACGUUAGAUUGAUGGCCUCAGUGUAUUUCAAGAACAGUAUUAACCGUCAUUGGAAGAGCAGACGAAAUUCUUCGGGUAUAAGCAACGAGGAGAAGAUUCAUCUGAGGCAGAAAUUGUUGUCUCACUUGAGAGAAGAGAACUACAAGAUAGCUGAAAUGUUGGCUGUUCUUAUAUCGAAGAUAGCCCGCUUUGAUUAUCCUAGGGAAUGGCCUGAUCUCUUCUCGGUGCUAGCACAACAGCUUCAAUCAGCUGACGUUCUUGCUUCUCACAGAAUCUUUAUGAUUCUUUUUCGAACCUUAAAGGAAUUGUCCACUAAACGUCUCACUGCAGAUCAGAAAAACUUCGCUGAGAUCUCGUCGCAAUUCUUUGACUUUAGUUGGCACCUUUGGCAAACUGAUGUCCAAACAAUUCUGCGUGGAUUUUCAACAAUGGCUCAGACCUAUGGUUCAAAUAGUGCCGAGCAGCAUCACGAUGAGCUUUUUCUGACUUGUGAGAGGUGGUUUUUAUGUUUGAAAAUAGUGCGCCAACUCAUAAUUUCAGGAUUUCAAAGCGAUGCCAAAUCCAUACAGGAGAUUCAACCAGUGAAAGACGUCUCUCCUGCCCUCUUGAAUGCAGUUCAAUCAUUUCUUCCAUAUUAUUCAUCUUUUCAGAAUCGAGAUCCUAAAUUCUGGGAGUUUGUAAAGAAGGCAUGUGUCAAGCUGAUGAAAGUGUUAGGCGCAAUUCAAAGCAGACAUCCUUAUUCGUUUGGAGAUAAAUGUGUUCUUCCAGUCGUAGUUGAUUUCUGCUUAAACAAGAUAACAGAACCUGAACAGGCAUUGCUACCAUUUGAAGAAUUUUUCAUUCAGUGUAUGGUGAUGGUGAAGUCUGUGCUUGAAUGUAAAGAAUAUAAGCCAAGUCUAACUGGUCGCGUGAUGGAUGAAAAUGGAGUUACAUUUGAGCAGAGGAAGAAGAGUGCUUCAAACACAGUUGGUGGCAUUGUGUCUUCACUUUUACCCAAUGAAAGGAUAGUUCUUUUGUGCAACAUACUAGUGAGAAGGUAUUUUGUUCUAACAGCAAGUGACCUAGAGGAGUGGUACCAGAACCCUGAGUCCUUUCAUCAUGAGCAGGACAUGAUUCAGUGGACAGAGAAACUGAGGCCUUGUGCUGAAGCUCUAUAUAUGGUUUUGUUUGAGAACUACAGCCAACUUCUAGGACCUAUUGUUGUGUCCAUCCUUCAAGAGGCAAUGAAUAAUUGUCCCCCUUCUGUUACCGAAAUAACUCCUGCGCUGCUUCUUAAAGAUGCCGCAUAUGCUGCUACUGCAUAUGUCUACUAUGAGCUCUCGAAUUAUCUUAAUUUCAGAGAUUGGUUUAAUGGUGCUCUGUCCCUUGAGCUGUCAAAUGACCAUCCAAAUAGGCGUAUCAUUCACCGAAAAGUUGCGAUGAUAUUGGGACAUUGGGUUUCAGAGAUUAAAGAUGACACAAAAAGAGCAGUUUAUUGUUCUUUGAUAAAAUUGUUGCAAGACAAUGACCUCGCUGUCAAGCUGGCAGCUAGCAGGUCAUUAUGCUUACAUGUUGAGGAUGCAAAUUUUUCGGAGCAAAGUUUUCUAGAUCUUCUUCCAAUCUGUUGGGAAUCAUGCUUCAAGAUGGUUGAGGAAGUUCAAGAGUUUGAUUCGAAGGUUCAAGUUCUGCAUUUGAUUUCUAUUCUUAUUGGCCAUGUUAGUGAAGUCAUUCCGUAUGCACAAAAGCUGGUGCAAUUCUUUCAGAAGGUUUGGGAGGAAUCUUCUGGUGAAAGCCUUCUACAGAUUCAGCUUCUUGUUGCACUGCGGAAUUUUGUGAUUGCGCUUGGUUAUCAGUCUCCAAUUUGCUAUAGCAUACUGCUCCCAAUACUCCAAAAGGGCAUUGACAUAAAUAGCCCUGAUGCACUCAACCUUCUGGAGGAUAGCAUGGCAUUAUGGGAAACCACACUUUCCUAUGCUCCUAUGAUGGUGCCCCAGCUAUUAGCAUGCUUUCCCUAUAUGGUGGAGAUCAUCGAAAGAAGUUUUGAUCAUUUGCAGGUUGCUGUCAGUAUCAUGGAAUCGUACAUCAUUUUGGAUGGAGGAGAAUUCCUGAAUAUGCAUGCUUCGAGUGUUGCAAAGAUUCUUGAUCUUAUUGUUGGGAAUGUAAAUGAUAAGGGUUUACUCUCGAUUCUUCCAGUGAUUGACAUCUUAGUUCAGUGUUUUCCUGUGGAAGUGCCCCCUCUCAUCACCAGCUGUUUGCAGAAACUGGUGAUUAUUUGCUUGAGUGGAGAUGACCGAUAUCCAUCCAAGACUGCAGUUAAAGCGUCUUCAGCUGCUAUCCUGGCAAGGAUUCUGGUGAUGAACACCAGUUACUUGGCCCAGUUAACAUCUGAAUCAUCUCUCUCAGUGUUACUCCAACAGGCAGGGAUCCCAAUUGAAGACAACAUACUCCUUUGCCUCGUCGACAUUUGGCUCGACAAGGUGGAUGAUGCGUCUCCCAUGCAAAAAAAGACAUUUGGCUUGGCUCUUUCCAUAAUACUUACGCUUAGAAUGCCUCAAGUUCUGGACAAGCUUGAUCAAAUACUAAGUACAUGCACCAGUGUGAUCCUUGGUGGAAACAAAGACUUAACAGAAGAGGAAUCAAGCGGUGACAUGAGUUCAAGCAGGUCUCAAGGAGAGGAAACCCCACCAAGCAAAGAGUUAAGGAAAAGUCAGAUCAAAGUUUCCGACCCAAUCUACCGGAUGUCACUGGAGAACUCAAUGCGUGAGAACCUUCAGACAUGUUCUACACUUCAUGGAGAUGCCUUUAAUUCUGCCAUUAGUAGGAUGCACCCAUCGGCGCUUGCACAAGUGAAGCAAGCCUUGAAGCUACCGUGA